AUGAAUAACCAACGUUAUGUGAAUUCCGUAUACGACCCUGUGUUCUCACAAGGAAACAUUUCAUCCGGUCAUUACCAAACCAUAAUUACUGCUAAUCCAUCCACGUUUUAUGAUACCGAGAAUGUCAUGUUGCCUAGCCCAGAAUAUGGAGCGAAAGAACUUGGCGAUUACACACAUCAACAACCGUUGACGCAGCAGGGAGACGCCACGUCCAUGCUUUAUGCAUCACAAAUCCCUUCACCUACAAACUUGGGAAAUUUCAUAAAACAAGAAGUUUCAAUAUGUCCUCGGAACGAGUUUAAACCCGAGUGUUAUAGUAGUCACGGUGAACUCGACAUGGUGAUUAUAUCCCAAGCUCAAAAAUUUCAAGGUUCUCAAUCAAAUUAUUUUGAAAAAAAUUUUGAUAUUCCUGAAAUACCAUAUCCUCCUACACCAACCACCCCUCAUAAUGAAAAAUACUUGCCCGAAGGAUUCCCUAUAACAACAACUUCAACCGAAAUAAAUAUAAAUCCUUCAUUUAACACUACAACGCUCGUCACAUUAUCUCAACAAGCGGAAAUGUUUUAUGAGCAAGGACAUUACUACCUUCACGUUGAGAAGCCUCGUGAUCCAUUUCUCGCUUUUAGUCAUUUCGCAAAUGCCGCAAAUUUAGGUUCGAAACGUGGUAAACAUCAAUUAGCGUAUUGUUUCCAACAUGGUAUUGGUGUGGCGGUGGAGAUAUAUUUGGAAAUUGUGGAUGUCGAUCCCCCAAAUGCGGCAACUUUGUGUCAACUAGGCAUCUGUUUCCAAAUGGGCAUUGGUGUCGAAGCCGAUGCGUCACGUGCCAUUAAAUAUUACGAACGCGCCGUUUUCAUGGGACAUAUCGACGCGAUGUUUAACCUCGCUUAUUGUCUUCGAUAUGGUAUCGGUACACAAGCAGAUCAUGAACGCGCUUGUGAUUUAUAUUAUCGCAUGGCCCAAUUAGGUGAUCCACAAGGCAUGAAGCUCUUAGGUAAUUGUAAAUCGGCCGGAAUUGGUACCAUAAAAAAUGAUAACGAAGCGCUUGAAUGGUUUCGACGUUCUAGCGAGAGCGAUAACUAUUGGGGUGGGAAAUUACAAUACGCUUUAUAUCUUCUUCAAGAUGUUUGUACUGUUCAAAAUUACGUUGAAGCAUAUAAUUUAAUUCGAACCAUUUGUGAGGAUUUUCCAUCAUGCCCUGGACCUAUUAAAGUUCUCCUUGGAAGAUUUUAUAACUUUGGAAUCGGAUGUCAUGUAGAUCUUGAAAAGGCCCUACAUUGGUAUGAGAGGGCAUUACGAAGCUAUCAUAUGCAAUUAUGUUUCGUGCAGGAAUGCGAAUUGUUGAUUAAUAAUAUUCGCAGUCGACAAUAUCAAAAUUCAAUAAUACCAAUACCAAUGUUCUCGAAAGGCGUUGGGGAGGAACACGUUGUAAUCGGUGAAGGUAUUGGUUACGCAGAAGAAAGUUAUUAG